GAACCUCGUCUCGAGGCAAAGGAAAGAUUCCAAAAAUGGCAGUCUGCCGGUCAAGUGACUCACGAGAAAGUCUAACCAGUUGCUGGGUUACAGCCAUCACUGCUGCUUCUUCUAAUUAAUGUCCUGACCUGACAGACAAUAUAGAUUUUGGGCAGUCCUAAACCCCAGUAAAAACCUCUGCUAUUUUUGUUUUCAGUUCUCAUUGGAAGGUGUAAAUUUGCAAUGGCCAUUCUGUUUUGCUUCUUGUUGAUUUGGGUGGAUGUUACUUUAGCCUCUGAUGGUCUUCUGCUCUCUCCCAAAGGUGUUAACUAUGAAGUGACGGCAUUGAUGGCGGUGAAGAGAGACAUAGUAGAUGAGUUCCGAGUAAUGGAAGGUUGGGAUAUAAACUCCGUUGAUCCUUGCACUUGGAACAUGAUUGGCUGCUCCACUGAAGGCUUUGUCAUUUCACUUGAAAUGGCAAGCAAAGGAUUAUCAGGGACUCUAUCACCCAGUAUUGGGAAUUUGAGUCACUUGAGAACUAUGCAAUUGCAGAACAAUCAGUUAACUGGUUCCAUCCCUGUAGAGAUAGGAAAGCUUUCAGAGCUUGAGACUUUGGACCUCUCAGGUAACCAGUUUGCUGGAGAUAUUCCAAGCUCUUUGGGUUUUCUGACCCGUCUAAGUUACUUGAGGCUCAGUAGAAACAAGCUAUCGGGACAGAUUCCUAAACUUGUUGCUGAUCUUAAUGGACUUCUGUUUCUAGACUUAUCUUUUAACAAUCUCAGUGGUCCCAUCCCAAAAUUACUUGUAAAAGGCUACAGUAUAGUAGGGAAUAGAUUUCUUUGUUCUUCCUUACCUACACAAAUUUGUGUGGAAGGCCCAAAGCCAGGAAAUGAGACAGUUUCAUCUCAGAAAGCCAGCAAUCACCAUUGGAGGGUGCUUUCUGUUGCUAUAGGUGUCAGUUUCACAUUUGUGAUUUCUGUAAUUGUGCUUGCUUGUUGGGUGCAUUGGUACAGAUCUCACGUACUUUUAACAUCUUAUGUGCAGCAAGGUUAUGAAUUUCACGUUGGUCAUUUAAAGAGGUUCUCAUUUCGGGAACUACAACUUGCUACAGGCAACUUCAACUCUACAAACAUCUUAGGUCAAGGUGGGUUUGGUGUGGUUUACAAGGGAUGUCUUCCAAAUAAGACAAUGAUAGCAGUUAAGAGGCUGAAAGAUCCAAAUUAUACCGGAGAAAUGCAGUUCCAAACUGAAGUUGAAAUGAUUGGCUUGGCAUUGCAUCGAAAUCUCUUACGUUUGUAUGGCUUCUGUAUGACAUCCGAGGAGAGGUUGCUUGUGUAUCCAUACAUGCCAAAUGGCAGUGUUGCUGACCGCUUGAGGGAGACUUGUCGAGAAAAACCAUCAUUGGAUUGGAGUAGACGAAUUCACAUUGCCCUUGGCACUGCACGCGGACUUCUAUACUUGCAUGAACAGUGUAAUCCAAAAAUAAUUCACAGGGAUGUGAAAGCGGCAAACAUCUUACUUGAUGAAAGUUUUGAAGCUGUAGUUGGAGAUUUUGGUCUUGCUAAGCUAUUAGAUCAAAGAGAUUCACAUGUCACUACUGCAGUGAGGGGUACUGUAGGCCACAUUGCACCUGAGUAUCUUUCAACCGGGCAGUCCUCUGAAAAAACAGAUGUCUUUGGAUUUGGUAUACUACUUUUGGAACUCAUAACAGGGCAAAAAGCUUUAGAUGCCAGAAAUGGUCAAAUUCAGAAAGGAAUGAUUCUUGAUUGGGUUAGGACCUUGCAUGAGGAGAAGAGGUUGGAAGUUCUAGUCGAUAGGGAUCUGAAGGGAUGUUUUGAUGCAGUAGAGCUGGAAAAGGCAGCGGAAUUGGCUAUGCAGUGUACUCAGUCGCAUCCGAACCUGCGUCCAAAAAUGUCUGAAGUCUUAAAGGUCUUAGAAGGCCUUGUUGGACAAUCAGGAAUAGAAGAAUCACAAGGUGUAUCCUAUACUCAUGAGGCAAGAGUUUGCAGUUUCUCAAGAGAUUACAGUGAUAUCCAUGAAGAAUCUUCAUUCAUCAUUGAAGCAAUGGAGCUUUCUGGACCGCGGUAAACGAGUCAUCAGUCUCUAAAUUCAACUGUAAAUGAAUUCUCUAUAACAUUUUUCUUGCUCUGAUUAAAGUAAUUAUAAAUUAUAUAGAUGAAGCUAAAUGUGUAAAAACUAAAAUCAUGUAUGUUAAAAUCGUGAUUGGGAUUGUUGAAUGAUAGCUCCCCCAGUUGAAGCA